AUAGGAAAAUAGAAAAGGACAAAUAAAAUAAAAUUAAACUACAUCCAUUGAAAAAACCAGAAAUACCAAAUGAGGAAAAACUGGUUGGCUCCUCACUCAAGAAUCAACAACAACUGAAUGAUCGAAUCAAAUGGUUUCUUUAGUCCACUAUCCCGUCUUCUCCACGCCCUCUUCCCCAAUCUUGCCAAGAAAUGCGCUUUCUCGCAGAAGGAAGAGAGCUACCGUAGCUUGUUUGCAGCAACAAAAUCGAAAAGAUGAAGACUUGCGCGGCCGGAGAGCGAUUCUUUUUAUGGGUUUCGCUGCAAUCCCUCUUCUUACGUCGAGGGCCCACGCCGCUCAAGGGCUGCCUGCACCAGAAGAUCCGGAGUCGAGGAAAUUAGAUCAGAAACUAGAAGCAGAGUCGGGGAAGCAGAAAGCGUCUUCAAACCCGUUUCUUUCACUUCUCAAUGCACUCGGAUUUCUGGGGUCAGGUGUCCUUGCUGCCCUGUACGCAUCCCUACAGAAGGAAAAGGCCGCGGUAGAUGCAACCAUAGAAUCUCUUAAUGUCAAACUGAACGGAAAGGAAGCUACCAUCACUUCCAUGAAGAAGACGUUUGAGUCUGAGCUAUUGAACGAGAAAGAAGCUCGAAAUAAGGCACUUGCAAAGGCAAAUGAGGAGAAGCAGUCGUUACUUAAUCAGUUGGAUGUUGCAAAUGGUACAAUAAGAGGUCUAGGAAAGGAUCUACAACAAGAGAAGAAGUUGGUUGAAGAGAAGAUUUACGAGGCUGAGCGCCUUGAAGACAGCCUCCGUGAAGCUGGCAAUGAGAAAAGAGAACUGCAAGACCAGUUGAGAGAAAAACUCAACUCUUUAGCCAUCUUGCAGGAGAGGAUAAACUUGCUCUCAUCAGAGGUCAAGGAGAAGGAAGAGAAUCUGGCCAAUGUUAAUUCUAAACUUGUCGAAAAAGAAAGAGAGUUGGAACAACUGAGCUCUGUUUAUAAGCAAGCUCAGGAUCAGAUAAGUGGUUUAAAUUCAGAGCUCCAAAAACUAAAAGAUGAGAUUUUGGAAAAGGAAAAGGAGUUGGAAUUGAAGAAGACAACAUUAGAUGGUCUGACUGCAGAUUUAUCUUCGUCACAUGCUGAGUUGGAGGAGUCUAGGAAAAAGCUUGAUGCCCUUCUGAAGGAAUACGAUGAGUUCAAGUCAUCUGCUGAAAAUAAGGCAGCUUUGGAUGUUGAGCUUCUACGUGAAAAAGAACAGGCUCUUCAACGACUCGAGGGCAAACUGAAGGUUGCUUUGGAUGAAGUGAACGAUAACAAAGUGCUGAUUUCUGAUUUAACGAAUGAUAAAGAGAGUAUGACAGAGCGGCUGAACUUUGAGCAGAAUAUCGUCAAGAAUCUUGAAAAGGAACUCAAAAUCGCGCAGGAGACUCUGGAGAUAUCGAGGGAUGAAGCAUCAAGCCUAGAGAAACAGUUACAUGAGUCGAGACACUUGUCUUCGGAGCUUGAGACGAAGCUCUUCGAAGUUCAGACCGAGUUGAGUGAAACUAGAGAUUCACUACAAAGGGAUAUUGAUGAAGCAAAACAAGGUGCUGAGGUUUUAGCCGAAGAGUUGAAAUUGACUAGGGAGCUCCUUGCUGAAUCAAGGAACGAGCUUCAAACGGUCUCCAACGAGCUGGCCUCUGCAGUGCAAAGAUACGACAGCUUAGAGAAAGAACUCGCGGCUGCCAAUGAAAAUGCUGAAACUGCGGCUCUUGAUCUGAAAGAAGAAAAAAAUGCUGUAUCUUCAUUGAACAAAGAGUUGAAGGCUUUGGAGAAGCAAGUUUCCAAAGAGAAUGAAGCACGGAAAAGUCUUGAGAUGGAUCUAAAAGCAUCUGCUAAAUCACUUGAUGAUAUGAAACAAGAAGCAUCACUGCUCUCAAGAGAUUUGGAGCUUUCCAAUUCUCGGAUUUCAAGCCUUGAGGAUGAAAAGGAUGCGCUCGUCAAUUCCCUUGACAAGCAAAUGCAGGUGUCUCAAGAGGCUCGAGAAAACAUGGAAGACGCCCAAAACCUGGUCGUGAGGCUUGGGAAUGAAAGGGAUAAUUUGGAGAACAGAGGCAAGAAGCUAGAAGAGGAACUAGCAUCUGCUAAGGGAGAGAUACUACGGCUAAGGAGUGAAAUCAAUGCAUCAAAAAAUCCGGUAAAUGGUCAAGAAGUCGAAGUGGGAAGCAACUCGGCUCAGAGCAAAAUCAGCUCAUCUAAAACUCCGGUAAAUGAUGAUCAAGAAGUUGAAGUGGGAAGCAAAGCUGCUGCUUCCAGAAAGAAGGUUACUCGGAGGAAGAAAGUGAGCUCGAGGCAAGUAGAUUCAUAGUUAACUAUACACGUCUAGAUUUGCAGGCUUGCUUGGACAUUCAUCAUCAUUUGUGAUUGGAGAGUUGUGUUCCAUCGUGUUCAAGCUGCAAUGCAUGGUUUGAUAUUAGGAAGUAUGGAAGGAUAUAUAGUGUUGAUGCUUAUUGUAUUGUUUGUAUGUAAAGAGAGUAGACUCAAGAAGAGGGAAGCUAGUGCUGCUUCCUAAUGUAAUUUUGAGGAAUGCUGAAUAUACAGCUCAUUCAUAUCCUACUUAUCUCUUGGUGUA